UCUAGAACACUUUACGAUACUGUUGACAACUGAGGAUGUCGUGUCGUGUCUGCUGUUGGAAUUGUGUUUAGUUAUGAUUUUUUUUUAAAACAAAAGCUGGAGUUAAAUGAGUGUUUUUGACUUAUUUCGCGGGUUCUUCGGAGUACCCGGAGGCCAUUAUCGUGGCCGAAGGGACCCCUUCUUCGAUGCUAUGACUCAUGACGACGACGAUGAGGAUGAUGAAGAAGAUGGAUACAAUGAUGGCUUCCGAGGGGACCAGCAGGACCCCUUCGACAGUGCCUUGAGGUUUGGCUUCAGCGUGGGCCCCGACGGGAUGAGGAUCCAGGAGCCCCCCAUGUUCGGCCAGGUCCUCAGGGAGAUGGAGGAGAUAUUCUCCCAGCUGGGCGGCUGGGACGGGCAGCCGGGCUCUGGACACUUUGGUGUUCCCAGAAUCCUGCCGCCAUCACCACCUCAGGACAGAGCUGAAAGAGGUGCGGGGGGGUUUGGUGGGAACCCCCUGAGAGACUUCAUGCUCAGAUCUCCCAACAAAGAGCCACAGGGACCCCAAACUGAGCCCAGACAUGAUGGCCAUCCUUCUUAUGAUUCACCAGAAUUCCCAAGCUCGCAAUUUCAUGGCUGGACGCCUUUUUCAAAGUUUAAUGAUAUUUGGAAAGGAGGCCCACAGAGAACUCCAGAGUUGCACAAAGAAGACAGAGAUCUGGACUCUGCAGUGUCCUCUCGGGGCUUGGAUCAGAUUCUGACGCCACCUGCUGGUCAGGCACCCAACCAACCCAGAGCCCGCUCAUUCUUCCAGUCAGUCACCGUCACCAAGGUGGUGAAACCUGACGGGACUGUAGAGGAGAGGCGAACAGUCAGAGACAGCCAAGGCAAAGAAGAGACGACGGUGACCCGCUCCGGAGGGCCCGGGGUCCUGGAGGGCCCCGAGCAUCAGAGAGGACCGGCCAUAUCAGGUGGGCAAAAGCCCUUUGGAGACAUGCGGGACGAUGACUCAUUAUUCUCAAGUGUCUUCGGGGCGUUUAAAUAAAACGUAAAGUGGAGUAUUACAUGGAGUACAUUCUCUAGCUUUGAUUCCCUGAAAAUGUUGCAUUUAUGAGUGUUUCACUCUAGAGCUGUGAGUUUGCAUAUGUUAAGAAUAUUUAUGAAUUUAUGAACAAAAACACUUAAGUAACCUUCGAUUGCCAAAAGGACUGAGCUGGUUUAGGGCCUCUGGCCUGUUGUCAGGGUUACCAAUGUAGACUCCAAACCUGCCAAUCCCUGAAAAAAAAAAAGACUAGUGAUUUAACAAAUCAACACAAAUCAGGUAGUUAACAUUUCACAAUUACAUAUUUUAUUUUUGAAUUUUUCCUGUAGGAUAAGCUUGUAUGGAUGUGAGUGUGUGAUAUGUCAAAUAAAGAGUUUUAAUUUAUUAA